UCCACUCUCUCGCCGACCCGCCGGCCCGGGGAGGGUGGGGAUCCGGGGUGGGGGAGGGGCGGGGUCCGGGACCUUAGGCAGACGCCACUCUUCGGGUCCUGAGUGGGCGGCGGGAGGUCCUUAUAGCUUAUGACCUCGCCUUGGGCUCCAUGUGAAGCCGAGUUCUUCCCCCGCAUGUCCAGACUAGUCUCGCUUAUCCCAGGCUAGACCUUCCUUCCCUCCAAGCACCCUUCUCGCAGGCCUUCAUCCCAUGGGCUGAACUUGGGCCCCUGCCUCGGUCCCAGGGCCCAAGCUAGGACCGUGGUUUUCACUCCUGUGGCCCAGUCUAGGCCCCUUUCCCCAAACUCUUCUCUCCAUGGCCCCAGCCUGCGCCUCGACGAUCCCUUUCCAGUGAACUCAGCCUAGGUUUGUUUCCUCCACCCUGAUGGACUCUCCUCUCCGUGGUCCUCAAGUCUGCCCUCUCUAUUCCGACUGUGUUCCCCUCCUGCACCUCCCUACCCCCAGCUCCCCCCCACCCCCGGCCCUAGCGGUCCCCUUCCCCCGACUUCUCACGACUUAAACCUAGCCUGCGUCAGCCCUGCGCUGCUCUUACCCUCACCCUCCCAUCUAGACCCUGCUUGCUCGGUGUCCUGCUCCUAACCCAGGUGUCCCCUCCCCUGUUCCUAGGAGGCUCUUCCUUGGCAGCCUCUGGUGAGCGGGGGAGAGCCCCAACCAGGGUGGGGGUAGUCCGGGUGCUGUGCCUUUCCUAGGCUUGCCCCUUUCUGGGGAGGCCGCUUAGGUUCGGUGUGAGUGAACAAGCGAGCAAGGGAGAGAAGGGCGGCAUCUGUGUGCCCGGAAGGCAGAGCAGGGCAUUUCCCUUGGGAGGCCCUAGAGCAGCUAAUACAGCGCGUAUUUAGGGGUGCCCUGCCUGAGUCGGGGAGCAGAGUGCUGACGGUGGGUAAGCCAAGUGGACAGGGGUGAACUCACAAUCGCUCUUGUGAGGCCACAGCCUUGGGGCUGGGGGACACCAAGCUCAGCAGCCCAUCCUUCAGCCUGGACAUGAUGCAUCCUAGCAGGCGCAGCCUUCCUUUCCCCCUGAACUGUCAGCUUGUAAGGGUUGGAACUGCUGAUUAUGGAGGUGCCGCUGAUCAGAGCGAUCAGCAGCUGGACUGCGCCUUGGACCUGAUGAGGCGCCUGCCUCCACAGCAGAUUGAGAAAAACCUCAGCGAUCUGAUCGACCUGGUCCCCAGUCUGUGUGAAGAUCUCCUGUCUUCUGUUGACCAGCCCCUGAAAAUUGCCAGAGACAAGGUGGUGGGCAAGGACUACCUUUUGUGUGACUACAACAGAGACGGGGACUCCUAUAGGUCACCAUGGAGUAACAAGUAUGACCCUCCUUUGGAAGAUGGGGCCAUGCCAUCUGCUCGGCUCAGAAAGCUGGAGGUAGAGGCCAACAAUGCCUUCGACCAAUACCGAGACCUGUAUUUUGAAGGUGGUGUCUCAUCAGUCUACCUCUGGGAUCUCGAUCAUGGCUUUGCUGGAGUGAUCCUCAUAAAGAAGGCUGGGGAUGGAUCAAAGAAGAUCAAAGGCUGCUGGGAUUCCAUCCACGUGGUGGAAGUGCAGGAGAAGUCCAGUGGCCGUACUGCCCAUUACAAGUUGACCUCCACAGUGAUGCUAUGGCUGCAAACCAACAAAUCCGGCUCAGGCACCAUGAACCUGGGAGGCAGCCUAACCAGACAGAUGGAGAAGGACGAAACUGUGAGUGACUGUUCCCCACACAUAGCCAACAUUGGGCGCCUGGUGGAGGACAUGGAAAACAAAAUCAGAAGCACGCUGAAUGAGAUCUACUUUGGAAAAACAAAGGACAUCGUCAACGGGCUGAGGUCUGUGCAGACGUUUGCAGACAAAUCAAAGCAGGAAGCCCUUAAGAAUGACCUGGUGGAAGCCUUGAAGAGAAAGCAGCAGUGUUAAAGACCUGCUUCACGCUAACCGGACACGCCAUGCACUCGUUAGGUUCCUUUCUUUAGAAAACUCGUUUUCUGCUCCUUUUCCCUCUUCCUUUCCCUCCCUGACGGUCACAUAACAGUUUGCAUCGACCACGCAGCGCCAUCUCUCCCCCAAAAUAAAGUCCAAUAACCACCCUCUGGCUCCAAGGCCUGCUUCCCACGACGUUUCCAUAGAGACCGUGUGGCUUUGUUCGCCUGUCCCCUUCCUUCCCUUGCCCGUUUGUAGGCACAGGCGCACUGUCUGACAUCCUCCCUCCGUCUUUUUGUUACAUUGGUGUAAAAAAUGUAAAACAAAAAAAUUUUAUGAACUAACUGGUGUGUGAAAGAAGGGAAACUGGAGCUCUGAUCCGUGUGUGUUUGGGGGUUGCUUGGAGCCGGGGGCCGGGGGACAGGGGACAGCUAUGGAGGAAGGAGACAUGUCCUCAGCACUGUCCUGCGCAGAGCAGGUGUGCCCUUGUCCCAAGGAGACCGCGGUGGGGGUGGGGGCGGGGCUGGCGACCGCUGCUCUCUGGCCAGGUGCUUUUCUGUCAAAUUUUUAUGGAAUGCAAAAGGAGUUUUUUGUUUUAUUUUGUUUUUUGUAAAGCUUAAACAGACAAAAAAAAUCUACAUCUUCUACUUGAGCCUCCAUACUUAAAAAAAAAAAAGGAAAAAAAGAACAAAAAAAAUAAAUAAAAAGAAACUGGGACACAA